GCGAUGGUAAAAGGUUUGUGCCGACGCGCGGUGCAUUUCAUCAUCGAAUGAUGGGAAAUAUCAAAUCUAAGGAGGAAGAAGCAGAUGACGAGUGUGCGAAAAUGGAUAUUUACUAUCAGAAUCCACCAGAUGAGCCAAUAAACAUGGAGAUUGAUUUUGCCGCAAUGGAUUUGUCGGAGGAGCAAAAGAAAAUUGAUAUACUGGCGCAAGAUUUGCCUGACUUGGAGGAGCAAAUCAUGAUGAUAGAACCGCCAAAUGACCAGAAUUGUAAUGAUCAGACGCUUUCCUACACGACAGUGGAGUACGUUUGUCCCUUUUGCAGCUCGUCUUUUGGGGUGAGCGAAAAUGCAAUUUCCCACAUUGUGCGACACUUGAAUGAAGUGGCUGCACAGCCGGAAACACAGCCCGAGACAGCUCCAAAAGCCCCAACAGAUCAACUGUUUCAGUGUGAAAAAUGCAACGCGGAAUUCAUAUACAAACACACCUUAAAGCUUCACCUCAAGAAAUUCCACUUCAGCCACGUGAAUUGGUUCUCGUGCAAGAUUUGCGGCAAAGGAUUCAAGGCGAAAGCUGAACUGGUGAAGCACAGAAGCGAUCACAAGUGUUCGUAUUGCCAGGAAACGCUUCCACUUGAUGUGCCCCUCAAGAUUCACGUGAGAGACAAUCACAAGGGCCUCCCAGUGAGCGCCAGAGAUGGUCCAAUUUCGAAGCAGAUUUGCUGCGUUCUUCUGGAUCACAUGGAGAUUCAGCAUUACUACGAUGCCAGAGAGGCGGAAGCGGACAGUGGCGUUUACUUCGAGGUGCUGGUGGACUUUGGGGAUGUUUAUCCAGCUGAAGACAGCAACGGUGUGGCAAUGAACACCACAAAUGAAAGCACUGCUGCAAAGGGCAGUGAGGACUCUUUCGCAUGUCCUGAGUGUCCGGAAGUCUUCAGGACAGAAUCUGCAAUGAUUCGUCAUCUCUUGAAGACAGAGAAGAUCAACUGCGACGUGUGUGACAAAGUCUUUGCGUCCAGGAGGAGUCUUGCAGCUCACUCAAGGCAUCACGUGAAGCGUAAUGUCCAUAGUGUGAUGUCACGAGUCAAGAAAACGCAUCCAAGGAAGCCUCAAACAUGUCCGUACUGCAAUUCAACGUACAAACACAAGUAUUUUUACACCAAACACAUCAGAACAACUCACAGAGGACUUCCGAUUACGAUUCACGAUGGUCCCGUUUCGAAGGAGUUUUGCAGCGUGUUGUUGGAGAGGCUAUUCGUUUAGUUACCGCAAAGUAUUCACUUUCAUUCCUUUUUUCA